AUGUCGACGCGCCCCACGCGUCUUAGCACGGGUCCACGCCGUCGGUCUCGAAGUGAACUGGAAGAUGAUAGUGAUGGGGCCGACACUCAUCAAUAUUCGGCGUCGCCGCCCAGCAGCAAGCGCCCUCGCCUAAACCCCGCGCAGGAACAAUCAACAGCUGAUCAUGACGAUGUCAACGAUAGUGAUUCGACUUCAAGCUCCGAAGACUCAAUCCAGCGCUCCGUUGCCGCAGUGAAGGUACACCAUGAAGUUGGACCUGGUGGCUAUCGGCCUGGUGCGAUCGUGCGCAUCAAAGUCACGGACUUUGUGACUUACAAUUCUGCCGAGUUCCAUCCAGGGCCUAAACUCAACAUGGUGAUUGGCCCUAAUGGAACAGGCAAAAGCACAUUGGUCUGCGCAAUAUGUUUAGGCCUUGGGGGGUCCCCUCAGCUUUUAGGACGCGCCAAAGACCUUGGAGAGUUUGUCAAACACGGAUGUCGAGAGGCUACCAUCGAGAUUGAGCUUGCAGGUCCACCCAAGGUCUCUCGCAAUAUAGUGAUUUGUCGAAACAUCAAAAGAGACGGUAACAAGAGCUCAUUCACCAUCAACGGGGCAUCCGCCUCCAGAUCCAAGGUGCAAGAGCUCGCGCGGGAGUUUGCAAUCCAAGUCGAUAAUCUUUGCCAGUUCCUGCCUCAGGAUAGAGUUGCUGAGUUUGCGGCACUUUCACCCGUUGAGCUUUUGUUGUCCACCCAAAAAGCUGCAGGAGGGCGUGAGAUGGAGAAAUGGCAUGAACAUCUAAGGGACCUCCGGUCCAAACAAAAAGAGCUUCAAAUGAGCAACCAAGGCGAUAGAGAAACACUAGCAAAUCUAGAGGGUCGACAAGAAGACCAAAGAGCUGACGUGGAGAGAAUGCGCGAGAGGGCCCAAGUCAAACAGAAAGUGGAGCUUUUGGAAUUUUGCCGGCCUCUCGUGGAAUACAGGGAGCAUCAUAGAGCAUUCGAAGAAAUCAGGAGCAGAAAAGCUCGAGUCGAACAAGAGCACGAACAGCUCAAAGCCGAUCUUGAGCCUGCCAUGCGAGCUGUCACGGCCAAGCAGACCUAUCUCGAGCAGAUUAUCCAUGUUCGAGAUUACCGCAAACAGCGUUUCGACCAGCUUUCACAGGAAGCAAAAACCAGCGGUGACAAAAUUGAAGAGCUAGAGGGCGCGAUCAAGGAUCUCGCUGGACAGAUCGAGGCCGAACGGAAGAGCGGCCAGACACACAGAGCCCAAGCAAGCACUGUACAGACUACCAUUCACAAAUUGCGGCGUCAACAAGAAGAGGAGGCAAUAGAGUUUGAUCCUGACAUUUAUAAUGAGAAAUUGCGAGAGAAUCGUCUCGAUAAACGCGAACUGGAAUCUCAAGCUAGUGAGAUCCUUACCAGACGGCAGCCACUUGUGGAGAAAGAACUCGAACUCAAGAGGCUUAUUGAAGACUCUCAGAAGGCCAUGGAACAUUUGGAUUCACAAUCAGGUCAACAAGAAGCAAAACUACAGAGAUUAUCUAACGACAGCCUUAAAGCUUAUCGAUGGGUACAGCAAAAUCAGCACUUAUUUGAAAUGGAGGUAUUUGGUCCGCCAAUCGUCACUUGCUCUGUGGCCAACCCCAAAUACGCCGAUGCCAUCGAGACUCUACUCCAAAGGAAUGAUUUCACAGCAUUCACUGUUCAGUCCAGGAGCGACUUUCGCACCUUACAAAGAGCACUCAACGGACAACUCAAACUUCAUGAUAUCAGUAUCAAGACCUGUUCCAUAUCGUUGGAUUCCAUUAGAUCUCCAUUGCCACAGAGUGAACUCCAAAGGCUGGGAUUUGACGGCUGGGCCAAGGAUUUUCUCAAUGGGCCCGGUCCAGUGCUUGCCGCCCUUUGCCUCGAGAAUCGGCUCCAUCAAACACCCAUUGGCCUCAAUGAUAUCUCAGAAGAUAGGUACAAUGAAAUGGAGAGUGGAAACAUCUCUUGCUGGGUGUCUGGAAAGCAGAGUUACCAAGUGACUCGACGUCAGGAAUACAACGCUUCCUCAACUCGCGUCAGACAGGUUCGACCAGCCAGAUACUGGACAGCACAGCCGGUAGAUGCAUCUCUCAAGCAACAGUAUCUUCAGAACAUCGGAGCCUGGAAACAGCAAAUGGCUGAAGUUUCAGCUCAAAUGAAUGAUGAGAGGGCCACCAUGGUUGAGCUGAAAAGGCGCAGGGAUCUGAACGAAGAAGCAAUGAGAGCCAUCGAAAGUGAAAAGGCUGCCAAGCAGACUGCAUAUACACAAUAUCGAGCUAUCCCCGAGAAGCUUGCCCAACAGGAAGCCAAGCUGAAAAGCAUCCAAAAGCUCUUCGAGGAAGUUAGAGACCGUGUGGGUGACAUUCGUGACCGACAAGACCAACUGUCCAUUGAAAAAGCGGAGGCAACUAUCAAAUAUGCUGAUUCUGCUGAGACGCUUCGCCAAACCUAUGAGGAGCUUAUCAAGAUUGAAAUUCGGUACUUGGAAGCCAGUUCUGACCUCAAGACUCUCAAGCAACAGCAUAGCGAGGGCGUGUCGAUGCUGGAACAAAAAAGUAGGGAGGUGAAGCAAGCGAUGGUAGAUUUUAGAGAAGGGCGGGAGAAAGCACGCACCCUCAUGAGAAAAGCGCACAAGACCAAAGAAGAGGUUGAAGACCGGCCUGGCAGCGAAGAAGUGCUAGCGAUGCUCGGUACAGCGGACUACUUCCUCGACAACCUUAACGCCGACAUCGACGCAGAAAACGCACGCCUAGAGCUGACCCACACAGGAAGUCACAACCUAAUCAAGGAAUUCGAAGACCGAGAACGCCUGAUUCAGAAGCUGCAGCAGAAAUUGGCUGGGUUCCAUGCUCGGUUGACUGACCUCGAUGGAGCCAUCCAGGAAAUCCGCGCGCUGUGGGAACCAAAACUGGACACGCUCAUCAGUAAAAUCAGUGACGCCUUCUCUGACUCGUUCGCGCGCAUUGGCUGUGCGGGCCAAGUCAGCCUUGACAAAGUGGAAGCCGAGCCUGGGUUGAGUGGCGAGCCUGGAGGUGUCGAGUUCGAUCAAUGGUCCAUUCAAAUCCAUGUCAAGUUCCGCGAGCAUGAGCAGCUCUCAAUCUUGGAUUCCCACCGCCAAUCUGGUGGCGAGCGCGCCGUCAGUACAAUAUUCUAUCUCAUGGCACUGCAGUCACUCUCUGCCUCUCCUUUCCGUGUCGUCGACGAGAUUAAUCAGGGUAUGGACCCACGGAAUGAGCGCAUGGUCCACGGCCGCUUGGUCGAGAUUGCCUGCAGCACGAGCAACUCCGCUGAUACGGACGAGGCGAAUCCUGCUGGUGGCAGUGACGGCGGGCAGUACUUCCUUGUCACACCAAAGCUUCUCAGUGGGCUGGUUUAUAGGCCAGGCAUGAGGGUGCUGUGCAUUUAUAGCGGUGAACACAUGCCAAAGGACUACCAAGACCUCGACUUUGGCAAGGCCAUUCGUACCAUGAAAGCCCUCAAGUCCGGACGACUCGAAGGCAACUCCCAGGUUGGCGUGCAUGCCUGA